AUGCCGCCGCCGAGCGUGCCGCCGCUGCCGCAGCGACGCGCGACCCGUCCGCGCGCACUGGGCCGCAGGGUCUAUAGUCGGUCGGUUGCCGCACUUGAAAUGGGCCUGGACGCCAUUGCCGCAUCCGGCCAGGCCGCAAUUGUGGCCCGCUCAACAGCAGCUGGCCGGCGUCCUGUGUUGGUGUCGGAACCUCAGUCAGGAGCCGGCGAUGAAUCAUUCCUGGCGAGUCCACUGACGUUAUCGCCGGCCCAAUCCACCGAAUCCGUAUCCUCAAUUACUCGCUCACUCACACCGAGUCGUCAACAGGCCCCGGCUAGCGCCGCCACACUAACGCCGGGCACUUUGAAGCGCGCCGCACAGGCACCACUGCCACGUACUCCGCGCUUCCCAGCCCCCUUACCGGGUAUUCCUGUGGGACGCUUUCCCUCCCCUCCCCAUAGAGUAGGAGAGAAAACUCUCACAGCGUCCCCGCCUCCUCCUCUGAACAUGCCGACGAUGUCAUCGGGCUCUCCUAUGGAGAUUGGGACAACCGGCCCGACAUACGCGAGCAUGGCCGCGUCCCAAAAAUCCCCAGCGCUCUCACCCUCCACCUGCUCCGCUGCCGUCGCUCCCGCCGCGACUAACGCUAACAUUAAUACGACUGCGACCGUCACUGCAGCCUCUGCCUCCCCCUCUGCUGCUGCCGGCACUGCAAGCGCCGCGCCACCUACCAAACAGCCCAACCGCUACCCCCCUCUCAUAGUGGAGACACUGCCCGACUGGCCGACCCACUUUAGGGAGCUAAAAAAGGUCCUUGGGCACACUCCUAACGGACGUCCAUUUGGCAAGGGUGUCCGUUUUAUACCAAAGACAGACCAGGAGUUCCGACUCAUCCAGCGCUAUCUUACGCAGCUGGAGAGCAACACCGGAAUCUCUUGGUUCUGCUACUCGCUGCCCGCUGAGAGAAGCGUGAAAGUAGCGAUCCGUGGUCUGCCGGCUAACACAGAACCGGCACUAGUGGAGACAGAGCUGCGCGAGCUCGGGUUUACUCCGGAACACGUGCGUGCAAUCCCCGCUCGUCCAGGUAGGCCGGGCUGUCUGAUGUUCGCGCAACUGCAGCGGACUCCGGACCUCAUCCCAGGCAUUUAUGAGGUGAGCGAACUGCUCUGUAUGCCUGGGAUCACAAUUGAGGCAUGGCGCGGCAGAAAGGGGCCAGCGCAAUGCCAUCGAUGCCAGCAAUUUAGGCAUUCCUCCCAAAACUGCCACCGGCCAAUAGCCUGUGUGCGUUGCGGUGAGAACCACUCUGCAAAGGAAUGCCAGCGUCCGCGCGAGGAACCACCAACGUGCGCCAACUGCGGCGGCGCCCAUACGGCAAAUAACGCGACCUGUCCGAUAUUCCGGAAGGAGACGCGCAACCGCCGAGCGGGCACCGUCGCGCGCACUGCUACAAGUGCGCGCGUGCCCGCAACUGAAGCCGAUGCACCUGGCUCGCUCAUGGCUGCCGCCAACCAGCCAGGGCCGACGACUAAACGCCGCCGUAAGCGUGGCAAACGCACCCAAACGCGGCCGCCAGCAGCACAGCCUACGGCGCCACUUUUGGCAGCGCCAGCCACUGCACCACCAACCACUGCACCGCCUACUGCUCUGCCGGCAGCAUCUACCUCUAGGCCGCGCUCUGCACCACCAGUUGCGCCGCAGCCUACGCAGCGUAGCAAGAAGUCCAAGCCCUCCGUGGUCGCCGCCCCCAUACAGGGGACGAAGGCGAAGCGUGCUGGUGGCUAUCCAAGAACAGCGUGA